AUGGAGUUUGGACACAUGGCCAGGCAGUGCAGGAGCGAGACUGACCGAUCCAAGAUGUGCCGGAGAUGCGGUAAGGAGGACCACCUCGCCAAGGAUUGCGAAUUGGAUCCUAAGUGCAUGAUCUGCAAGGGCAAGACUGGAGACUGGAGGCAUCUAAACCUCAACCACUGCGAGGCGGCCCAGGCACUCCUGAGCCAGGACACCAAGGAGAGGAGACCAGACGUGGUCCUGGUAUGUGAACCCUACAAACCCGUACCAGGAAGUGGAUGGAUACAGAGCAAGUGUAGGAAGGCCGCGAUCUGGGGCGUGCGGACCCCGCCACUGGAUACUGACGUAUCCAGGGAGGGCUUCGUGCGAGCCAGACUUAGCGGCGUAACUUUCUACAGCUGCUACGCACCGCCGAGCUGGGAGCUGCCACGGUUCCAAGCCAUGCUGGGAAACAUUGCUGAAGACUCCCGCGGAAGGGCACCCUUCGUCAUAGCAGGGGACUUCAAUGCUUGGGCCGUAGAAUGGGGCAGCAAAGAGACCAACACAAGAGGGUACUGCCUGUUGGAACAGUUCUCGUCUCUGGAUGUUGGGCUGGCUAACGACGGAGCUAGGGUGACGUUUUGCAGGAGAGUGGGGGACCACCAGGCAAUCCACUUCGAGCUUGGACGACCCAACAGAGGUCGCAGUAAGCCGAAACUAACGGGCCCGAAAUGGAAGGAUAGCCUCUUGGACGUCGCAUCCUUCUCGGACUCCAUAAGGCAAUGCGAGUGGAGCCCAGCUGGCAACUCAGCGGAGUACGCAGCAAGGGAACUGACGCAGCGGAUCGUUGACGCAUGCAACGCAUUGAUGCCUAAGAGGAAGCCGUCUCUACGGGGAACACCCUGCUACUGGUGGACGCAGGAGAUUGCCGAACUUAGGAGCGCCUGCCUCAGAACGAGAAGACGCGCCCACCGAGCGAGAGGCCGCCAGGACUUCGAAAAUAGGCAAGCAGAAUUCCGAAUGGCGAAACAGGAGCUAAAAGUAGCCAUCAAAAAGAGCAAAAGCGACAGCUUCCGCCGCAUCUGCGACGAAGCAGAUGUUGAUCCGUGGGGCACUGCAUACAAGGUAGUCACCAAGAGGAUCAGAGGAGUAAGCGCACCGACACCCACAUGCCCCGAGUUGCUGCGACAUAUAGUGACAGCACUGUUUCCCAGGCAUCCACAGAGGGCAAGCCAAGCCCAGGAGGAGGUAACCGAAGCUACCAGGAGGGUCGGGGACAGGAAAGCGCCAGGGCCAGAUGGAAUUCCCAACAGGGCCCUAAAGCUCGCAGUGGCCAUCCGACCCGAACUCUUUGUCGACGCCUUUAACAGCUGA